AUGGUUCACUUUUCAUCAAUUCUAUAUACUGGUAUAUAUAACAUUUUAAUAGAUCACUUAGGUUUAGAUGAUGUUCUAGAAUUAACAUUAAUAAAUAAAGACUGGAAAUUACUAUUGGGGGAUAUGAAUCAAAAAUAUUGGUACAAAGUAGCUAUUCAAAAGUUUGGAUUGAGAGUAGAAUUUUUAGUUUUUAAUAAACAAAUAAAUUGGUAUAGCUAUUUUAGAUGUCUAAAUUAUUCAUAUCUAUGUAAAUUUUUACAAAAUCAGAAUAAAUAUAAUGAAAUAUUAUUAAAUUCAUUAAAAGAUGUUAUUGUAGAGCACUCAAGGAUGUGUGGAUUCUCUUUUGUACAAGAACAAGAUUAUACUUUUAAAGAUAUAUUAUAUUGUAAACAAGAAUCUUAUUUAGAAGAAACUAAUACAAUAAAUAAUAGAUGUAUUGAUGAAAAUCUAUUAUAUCGCAAACUAAAAAGAAUAGAGCUAGAUCUUGGGGGUUUAGGGAAUGGCUAUAUAUGGAAUAUGGAGGUAUUAUCUAUAACAUCACAAAAUAUUACAUUGAAAGCAGAAUGUAUACAAAGUAGAAUUCCAAAUUGGGAAAUGGGUCAAAUAAUAAUGGGAUAUAUAGCAGUUUGGGGGGUUGUAAAUGAAGAUAACUAUAUUUUACUUUAUCAUCAUAAAAAUCCUUUUCAUAAUUAUUUAAUAAAUACUGAAAAUAUAAACUCAUCAAACUUAUAUGGGAUGAAAUACUUUAUGUCUCCAAUAAGUGUAUUUGCAGGUUUACAGAUUAUUUUAGAGAAAAGUGAAGAUAAAAUAACUUUUUUAAUUACAUUGCAUACUACUCAGAUAAUUGAAACAAUAUAUGACUAUAUGACAUCCAUUCAGACUCAAAAUAAUAGAUAUUGUGAUUCAUCAGUUUUACUUUACUUCUCAGAUUAUUCUGAAUAUAUGAAGAAUAUUAAUGAAAUUCAAUAUAAAUUUUCUACAGAUAUAUCUAAUAAACAUAUAAAAAGUAUAAAUAUAAAUCAUCCCAAUAUAACUAAAAAUGAGACACCAUUAUUUUUGCAGGAAACUAAUUCUUUAUAUAUUCAAUUACAAAUAAUGGAUCAAAGAUAUAAUCCUCAAUAUAUAUAUGGUAUCUUAAAAUGUAAGCAUAUUUCAUCUAAUUUUACUCAUUUAGAAGCUUAUAUAAACUUAAAUAAGCAAAGUAAUAUAAUAGAUAUGACUCAAUUUUAUGAUAUAGGUGUGGCUAUUAUAGAUAGCUCAAAUGGUGAAACAGUUCUUGGAAUUAUAUUUCCAAAAAUGUGCUCAUAUUAUAAUAAAAAAUAUAAAAAAUCUAAAAAAGUUGUUAUUUUAUAUUCCUUUUCAAGAUUAUAUGGAACUCAUGUUCCCAUUAUCGAUCCACCAUGUUUUCUUACCUGUAAACCAAAUUCAAUUUUGACUAGACUUGAAGUAAUAAUCCUACCAAAAAAAAAUAAAUUUGGACGCAUAGCAAAAGUCAAAAUAUCACUAAAUAUUCAAGAGUGUAAGGCUCUACUUUCUUAUAAAAGGUUUAAACGUAUAAUUGGCUUAUCAUAUAAUAGCCAAGUAAAUCUCCUAAAUAACAGGAAACCAAAUUCUCCAAAAAAAUUUAUUGAAAAAAAAAACUAA